AACAAUGCAAUUUGACGUUGCUGAUAACUCCAACUUGUUCUAAGGAAGUUCUGAGAAACCAAAUAUCUUCUUGUCCUUCCUCGUCAUUCUCUCUCUCUCUCUCUCCUUCAUUGCAGGAGGAGAAAGAAAAGCUCACUCCUUUCCCAUCAAAACCAUCUCCUGACUGAAGUUCCCGCCAUCUUCUUCUGACACUCAAGAUUGUCCGAAAAGAACAGAGAAAAGGCCAAAAGAGAAGAACCAGAACAAAUGGAAGAGCAGGUUACGAAUGUGAUUGUAGGCGGAGUCGUUUCGUGGACGGUGGUGUUUCUCGUGAUGAGGAAGAGCUUCCCGAAACGCUCGUUCGAGUUCUGCAACCGGACGGUGUCGACCCUUCACGCGACACUGGCUGUGAUUUUAGCAUCUCUCUCCGUCCAAGACUGGAUGUCCCCGAUCUCUCCUUUGGCCUCAAAACCAUCUCCUCUCCAGGCGCGAGCAUUGGCUGCGACUCUAUCGUAUCUAAUCUACGACCUGUUGUGUUGCCUGUUCGACAAGAGAGUGAGUGUCGACAAUGUGAUUCACCAUUUAGUCAGUAUUACCGGAAUCAGUGCAGGCCUGGUUUAUCAGAAGUGUGGAUCAGAGCUGGUUGCUGCACUGUGGAUAACAGAGCUGUCCAGUCCAUUUCUCCACAUGAGAGAGCUUCUAAAGGAGCUUGGUUAUAGGGACACCGACCUCAAUUUGGCUGCCGACAUUGCCUUUGCCAUCAUUUUCUCGAUAGCGAGGAUGGUGGGCGGGCCUUACCUCACCUUCAAGACCCUAUCUGCUGACAACCCUUUCGUAAUUAAGGUUAUGGCAGUGGCGUUGCAGCUGGUCAGUGCUUUCUGGUUUUAUAAAAUUGCCAGAAUGGUGAAGUACAAGCUCACGAAGAGAACCACUUCUAAAAAGACUGCUUAAACCCUGUAUAGUGCAAGGACAAACUGCAAUGUGAGAGGUAGGAUAGUGUAAAAAUUUUUGAGGACCAAAGUUCGUGGAUUCUUUCAUGAAUUGAAGGGUGGUAAAAAAUUUGUCUGGCA